GGACACUCUCCCUGCACUGAGGCCAUGAUCCACUCUGUGUCCCGCGUUCUCUUUUAGAACGCGGCCCAGGGUUGCUAGGGGAACGCCAGAAGAGGACGGCUACUGAAAGAAGGAGAACGACACUGCAACGCACAUGACUUGUGUAUGAAGUAUUGUAGGCAGGGAAAGUCGCCUGCUAGAUUCCCGAGCUCAUCAUGAGUGACAUGGAGUCCCUGGCUGUGCCAAGGAACGAUGAUCCUAGGUACUCACUGCAGCUGGAAAACAGGAGGAGAAACGUUUUUGUGACCCAGUUAGGGGAACACAGGGAAGAAGAGGAUAAAGAUGUGACUCAUAUCCCCAUCAUCAGCGAGGCCCCGAGCAAGAUUCUUGAGACUGAUGCAAACUCUUUGCAAAAAACCUUGGUUCUGAAGAAAGAGGUUGAAGUUGAUCGUGUCACGGCAGAGCUGAUUGCUAAGAGACAGGAAUUUAAAGAGCGGAUGGCUGUGGCUCAGCGGAGAGCACAAUUUGCCAAAAAGCAGCAGGAUAGCAGGAAUCAAGCUCUUAAAUUUGACAAGUUUCUUAAAGAAAGUAAUGUGAAGAAGAGGCGUGCACUCCAGAAAUACCAAGCAGAAGUAAAAAUGAAUGAAAUAAAACAGAGGGAGAUAGAUAAACUGGUAGCAGAACUUGAAAAACUCAAACUCAGACAACAGAAGCUGCAGAAGAAGGUAGCCAAGCAAAAAGUCUAUGAGGAUUUCCUACUGAAAAUCAUUGACCAGUUGCCUGACAACUAUCUGGAGUAUGGUGCAGAUUCUGUCAUUGGCGCUAUCAUCAAGCGGCAUGAGAUGCUGUCAGCUACAAACCAGACCUUGAUAAAGAACUUGAUCACCCUGUCAGAUGACUUUGAGAAAAGCCAGCAUGACCUUGAAACCUUGCAACAGGAACAUGAUACCACAAAACUUAUGCUGAUUUGGGAACUUUCUGAGCUUCAAAUGAAGUGCAACAGAAUACAGGAGAAAAACAAGCAGCUGGAAGUCAGUAUUAACCAUGGUAAAGGUCACUUCAGAUAUCAGAGUCAAGAACUAGGCAGCUUGUUGUUAGCUAUCGCCAACCUGGCUGAGCAGUGCCACAUGCAGCAUUAUGGCCCCUUGCAGGAAAUGGAAUGGUUGUCAAAACUGGACAUGAUCCAAGAAUUCAUUCUGGAAAAAAAGCAUAUCCAGCAAUUAGUGACUCAGCCUGAUGAAUCUGGGGCAUUGCUAUCUACUCUUGGAGACCAAACUCAGAGCAGAAAAAUGGGAAUCACCAAGAAGAAGUUCCAAAGCCAAGUUCCAGCAGGCAGUGGUGGUGUAAUACAAACUCUUAAAAACAACGGGAAAGCAUCAGUGUGAAACUGUUUUAUAUUAAUGUGUUGCAGUUUCCAAAGCAAUGGAAGAGAGGAAAUUAUACAAGCUUCCUCAGACUUUUUGUAGUGUGAAUUGCUUCUUUCUAGUGCCUUCAUUUUUAAUAUUUUUGUCUUCCAUACACACACAAGUUUGGCAUUGUUUCACACAAUUACUGGACUAUAACUCAAAAGCCAAAAAGCCCACCAAUAAAGUAAAUGAAAAUUACAUUGGUUUUGCUAUAUGGGUAUAGUAUUAGUCCAUUACUAGCUGUGGGUUUUAUCCAUGGCAUGUCCAGUGAAAUUAGUAAGGAGUCAUUUAUGAUAUUCCAUUCUUUGACCAAAAAGUAAGACUAAAUGGAUACAAUAAAACAUAUUGGACCACAGUG